AUGCGCCACUUUGAUGCCUGGGUCGUCCGCGACCCCUACUCCAUCUAUCACUACUAUCCUACCGGCCGCCGCUGGCAAGACGCCGUGCGCGCUCUGAUCCAAGAACGCCAGAUCUGCGCACCCGCCAUCGAAUCGCACGACGACGCCCCGAUUGACCUAGCCGGUCCCAUGUCCGCUCAAGGAUCAAGCAACCUACUUCAGCGCCUGCCGCCAGAGAUCCGCCAGAUGAUCUGGGGUCACGUAUUCGGCGACGGCGCGGUGCAUCUCGUGCAACUCAAGGGCAAGAUCCGGCACGUGCGGUGCGAGCACGUCACGCCCUCCAUCACACAGCAUCGUCACUGCUGCCCGCGCACCCCGGCCCGCUGGCGCGAGUACUCCGGCCGCGAGUCUGGCCAUUCCGAUGGCCUCCUCUACCCACACACCCACGAACAACUUCCCUUGGCACUCUCCGACAGCGGCGCCGCCCUCCUGCGCACCUGCCGAGCCAUCUACGCCGAAGCCGCUGAUCAGCUGUACACCAACGCGGUCUUCGACGUCGACGACCUCCACACCUUCGUCGCCUUCGCCCGCGCUGUGGGGCCGCGCCGUCUCCGCUGCAUCCGCCGCCUCACGGUACAAUGGACGCCCGUCUGGAAACCGCUAGCGGGCCAGUGCCACGCCCGCUCGAUCUACGCACACACGCACUCGGACGCGCUGUGGACGCAGUUCUGGGCACGCGUCGCCUCCCUGCCCAACCUGCGUGAGCUGCGGCUCUCGCUUGAUCUUGGCCGGUUUACGGGCACUAUCUCCGGAGGCGGUGCCGUCGUGGUGGCUGGCCAGCGGCUGCCGCUUGCGCUUGCGGAGCCGUGGCUCGUUCCGCUGCUCAGUGUGCGAGGGCUGCAGCGGUUUGAUCUGGCGGUUACGGCGCGCUGUGAUCCUACUGCGAAGGGGCUCAUCGAGCCUGACUUAUGUCGCGAUGCUGUGGAUCUAAGGGAUCAGUUGCGCGCGGUGCUCUGUUCGAAGCCGGGUGAGGCUGUUCCGCUUGUCAAGGGGCUGGGUGUGCCGGAGAUUUGCGCGCUGGAUGAUCUGAGGACGCAGAUGCCCAGAAGGGCGAGGUCGAGGUUGGCCAUUACGGCUGCUUAG